CAUUUACCUACAAGAUUAAAGAUUUCAUCUAAAUGGGAAUUGAUUUAUUCUAUAGACCAACAUGGAACUUCUUUAUCUACACUCUAUACUCAAUCAAAUCAUCAAAAAGGUUCAUGUAUCUUAAUUUUAAAAGAUCAUACUGAUCAUCGAUUUGGUGCUUUCCUUAAUGAAUCUUUAAAAGUUUCAAAUCAAUAUUAUGGAACUGGUGAAUGUUUUUUAUGGAAAUCAAUUGAGUUUGAUCCAAGUGAUUUUAGAAUCGGAUUUUGUGUUAAGAAAUAUGAAUGGACAGGUAUAAAUGAUUACAUGAUCUUAAGUGAUCAUGAAAUGUUAAGUGUAGGAGGAGGGGAUGGUAAAUUUGGGUUAUGGAUCGAUUCGAAUUUAGAAAAAGGAAUUUCAACAAACUGUUCUACUUUUAAUAAUGAAAUCCUUUCUAAUUCUAAAACGGAAUCUAAUUUGAUGGGUAGAGAGAUUGGUUCAUUUGAUAUUUUAGGUUUAGAAUGUUGGAGGAUUUUGGUUUGA